AUGCCACCCCAAACCCAAGCAGAAAUCGACGCCGAAAUAGCCGCUCUCUCCGCCGAGAUCGCAGCUCAAGAAGCAGAAGCCGAGCGUGCUGCGGAGGAAGAGCGACGGUAUGCUGAGGAGGAUGCUAAGAAAGCUGCUAGGUUCUCCUCUGAUUCCAAAGAUGUGAAGGAAGAGGGGGUACAGGAAGAUGUUAAAGGGGAGAAAAAAGAGGAGAUAGGUUAUUAUGAGAGUGAAGACCGUGCACCGGUUGAGAUUCAGGAGCGUUUGAGGUUUCCGUAUCCGGCUUAUAGUGAUGUUGUUUUUGGGAAGAGAGGGUAG